AUGGGACUCGUAGUCCUCCCGUCGCAAGUCUUCCUAACCUAAGAGAGCCGCGCCCCGGACAUUGUGUGAAGGCCUGUGUGCCUACGCGAUGGUUGCUGGGAGUUGUAGUUCUCUGCCUGGUCUCUGCCCCUUCUGUUUCCGGUGCCGUCACGGGACAGAGCAGUCGGUGACAGCCCCGAGGGCCCCCGCCCGGCGCCCAUGGCCGAGCCGGACCGACUCAGAUUCAGACACUGAGGGAGGAGCGACUGGCGGAGAAGCAGAGAUGGACUUCCUGCGGAAUUUCUUCUCCCAGACGCUGGGCCUGGGCACCCAAAAGGAGCGUCUGCUGGACGAGCUGACCCUGGAAGGGGUGACGCGCUACAUGCAGAGCGAGCGAUGUCGCAGGGUGAUCUGUUUGGUGGGAGCUGGGAUCUCCACGUCUGCGGGCAUCCCUGACUUCCGCUCCCCAUCCACGGGCCUCUACGCCAACCUAGAGAAAUACCAUCUUCCCUACCCGGAAGCCAUCUUUGAGAUUGGCUACUUCAAGAAACAUCCAGAGCCCUUCUUUGCUCUCGCCAAGGAACUCUAUCCUGGGCAGUUCAAGCCCACCGUCUGCCACUACUUCAUCCGCCUGCUGAAGGAGAAGGGGCUGCUGCUGCGCUGCUACACGCAGAACAUCGACACCCUGGAGCGAGUGGCUGGGCUGGAGCCCGAGGACCUGGUGGAGGCGCACGGCACCUUCUACACGUCGCACUGCACCAGCGCCCUCUGCCGACGGGAGUACACGCUACGCUGGAUGAAAGAGAAGAUCUUCUCCGAGGUGACUCCCAAGUGUGAGAAAUGUCACAGCGUGGUGAAGCCUGACAUCGUGUUCUUCGGUGAGAACCUCCCGGCAAGGUUCUUCUCCUGCAUGCAGUCAGACUUCCUGAAGGUGGACCUCCUCAUCAUCAUGGGCACCUCCCUGCAGGUGCAGCCCUUUGCGUCCCUCAUCAGCAAGGCACCCCUGUCCACCCCGCGCCUGCUCAUCAACAAGGAGAAGACUGGGCAGACCGACCCUUUCCUGGGGAUGAUGAUGGGCCUUGGAGGAGGCAUGGACUUCGACUCCAAGAAGGCCUACAGGGACGUGGCCUGGCUGGGUGACUGUGACCAGGGCUGCCUGGCCCUUGCCGACCUCCUCGGAUGGAAGAAGGAGCUGGAAGACCUUGUCCGGAAGGAGCACGCCAGCAUAGACGCCCAGCAGGCGGGGGCGGGGAACCCUAACCCCAACCCUUCAGCUUCGCCCAGGAAGUCCCCACCUCCCAGCAAGGAGGAGGCCCGAACCACGGAGGGAGAGAAACCCCAGUGACAGCGUGUCUCCGGGGCAGGACCCGCCCCCCCGCGCCCGCGGGCCAGCAGAGCCCCACAGCCCUGGGCCCCUCUAACUUGCCGCUCUCGUGUGGGGAGCUCAGAACCUCAUCCUGGCCUCUUAACUGCUCCCUCUCAAAACUGGGUUCCCAGCCCCUCACCCCCCCACCCCCCCACCCCCCCACCCGUCACCUCUGAUCCUGGCUGGUCUCUAACAGCUCCCAGGGCCGAGGCCGUCUCUAACCACCCGCAGGGCCGCAAGGCAGCCCCCCCUAACCUCUAACUGCUCCCCGGGCCUGGGCCACCUCUAAACUCCUAACUACUCUGGACCCGGGCCCCAGGGCUCCCGGGGCUCCCCGUGCCCUCCACGGCUCCUGGGGGCCCGGGGCCAGGUAGGCCCGGUGCCGCAAGCGUGGGUGCCUCAAACACCCCCCUGUCUGCGGGGAGCCGAGCCCGAAGGCCUCCCGAGUGUGUACCUCCGACUCCCGAGGCGGGUGCGAUGCCGUCCCCUUCCCUUGGGACCCGCUGCCCACGCAGGGAGGGGCAGACAGUGUUGCUCACUGGAGACAAAUUAAAAACAAAAACAACUAACAA